GUUGGUGGUCCAGCAGCUGCCACUCUAGCACGUAUGUGUACGUGUUAAGGAAGGGAUUAUCACGGCCGCAAGCGAAGACAACUUUUCAUUGCUGGUGGUGUAUAAAGCUGUUAGACUGUUUUUUUUUUGAAAGGGGUUGGGUGUUGGCGGGGGAGUUUUGGGGAGAUGGCCGGAGCAGUGUCAACAUCGGCCGGCUCUGAGCUGAACCGCUAUCCGGGGGACCCGGUGUCGAUUAAAGCGCUUUUCGGUGGAGCUAUCGAAAUGGCCAUUCCAAACCGAUUCACGGAUGUCAGCGAGCUUCGCGAGGUGCCGGAUCAUCAAGAAGUAUACGGCGACAUGAAUCGCGACGAAAGCAUAAUCGUCGAGAUCUUGGAAAUGAAGAGCGAUGUCGAAGACGCCAAUGCGGCUGCGUGGUUCUUGGACGAUCUAGCGAGCGUGCAGUGUGCAGGCUCUUUAGAGCUGGAGUCCAAGCGGGAGCUCGCCGAUGAGGAGAUUCCUGGACUCGAGCCAGGGAUUUUCAAGGCAUUGGCGAUCGGCAAGAUGACGGUCGCAAAAGAAUCGCAAGGGUUUGAUGCUCGCAAUUUGGUGAGAGUUCAUCUGGUGAUCGUGAGGCUGAGGCGAGUCGCAACCGAUCUGCUGAUUGUAGCAAAUGAGCCACUGCAGAUCAAUCCGUACAGCACCACUGCCCGGGUUGUGGGAGCGGGGGAGCCAGUCCCGGCAGCGCAAGUGGGUUUAAUGCCAAUACCGGAGGUGCUGGAGACGGUCUUGAAGUCAUUUCGCAUUGAUGACUGGAAUCUCUUUGGCACAGACUGACUGAAGAGGGAGAGGGGCACUGGGGGAGGGAGGGGGGCGGGCGGGGAGAGGUGGCUGGUGAAGUUCGGAAGUAUAAGCGAGAGCCU